CGCAAUCCCGAAUUUGCAGAACCCCGAUCAACUCGUGGCGGCGCAAUGGCGGAAAUCUCAGAUUCAAAACCUGCAGAGGAAGAGGCUCCGAUAACCCAUAUUCCACAACCCGACCCGAAAACCAUGCGAUACACAAAACCCGGUGUCAAACGCCUCACCAUCAGUGUCACAGUUCUCAUCUCUUUCAUCCUCGGUUUCCCACUUCUCUGGAAAUCCAUCGAAAUCUACCGCGCUCCUCUCCCCUUCGACCGAAUCGACUCCUUCUCCUCGCAGAUCGAAUCGACUACCUUCCACUUCCCCUGCGAUUUCAAAGCCAUCUUCGCCGGAUUCGAUUUUAGGGUUUCCUCCGGCGAGGUCGCGGCGGCGAUCAAGGACAAGAUGUCGGAGCUCAGUCCCGGCGCCGCCUCGCGCUGUGGUUGUGGUGCAGAUUACUCCGUGUCUGCUGUGCUCGAUUUUGGCGGGAAAUUGAGGGGCAGUGACGACGACGAAGGGACUGAUGAGUUGCUGAGGAAUGUGCUGAAUACUGAGAAUGGAGGUGGGAAGGAGUAUAGUGUUGUGGUGGUGAAUGGUGAGGAAGGGGAGGAGGUGAGGGCUGUGGUGGGGAAGUAUAGGCAUGCCUGGAUUCUUGGUCGGGUUUCGGAGGAGGAGGCGGUGUUGCGUGUGGCUGAGAUAUUCGCCAAGGUGUUUGUUAAUGGUGGAAGUGAAGGAGGUUCGAUUCGUGGUGAGUUUAUGCCGGUUGGUGCUGAUGGGAGGAUAGUUCUUUCGUUCAGUUUGCUCAAUGCAGACCCACGAGAUUGGAUUUAUGAUUGGGAUUUUGGUCAAAUUGAUGAGGCUUUAUUGCAACCUGUCAUUGAGGCUUUGCAACCUAUAGCGAACAUCACAGUGGAAAGCCAGGUUUUGUACCACACACCAAAGUCAUCGUUUUCUUACUGGGAUGAUAAGCAUAGCAGUCACAUAUUUAGUACCAAGGAUCUUCCCUUCUUUGUGAAUUCCAAUGAGUGGCAUUUAGAUACGUCAGUUGCAGCGGGUGGGAGGUCAAAAGUAUUGCAACUUGUGGUGUACAUUCCCUCUGCAAAGGAGUGUCCUCUUCAACUGGAGCUUCCUAGUGGAGAGUUCUCUUUGACUAAUGGCUUUAUAUCUCCAAUGUGGGGAGGUGUUGUGGUAUGGAAUCCCCAAAGUUGUAUAAAGGAUAUGGAAAGCAAGGAACCAGUCAGACAUAUGAUUUCUCCUAAGGACCUCCAGAAGCUUUUUGAUGUUCUCAUGGGGCAGUUGCGGCAACUCCUUGGUCUGAAGUCUGAUAACCUUUAUGUUGGUGAGUCAGGCACAUUCAUUCUCCUAGGGAGUGAACGAGGUCUCACAGAAUGGGAAUUGGAUGUUUUGUCACGGAAGCAUAUUUGCUUUAAUCUCCUUUCAUGUGCCACAACACUUGGCUCUCUUUGUAGACUGGUACAAUCAUUGCCCAGGAUGAUUAUCAUGGAUGAAAUCGGAAAACAGGUGAAGUUUUCUUUGGAGGCUGCAAAGUUUGCUCAAAGUAAUGCGUCUGUUGGACUGUUUGAUGCUUCUGCUGUAUCAUCAAGGCAAUCAAGAUCUCUUGCAGAGGAUGCCUUUUUUCACCCUUCAAUUAUGUCGAUCAGCUAUUAUUCGUUUGAGCAUUGUUUUGCUAUCUAUUCGCCAUUCUUUCUGCCAGUUUUAAUGCAUGUCAUCCUAGCAGCUUCAAGGGAAUGGAAAAGAUACAAGCAAGAAAAUAGAAAAUACUUGGCGGGGAAGACGAAAGCAAAGGCUACAUCUUAAUUCCCUUGACCAGAGAUGACAGGAAGAAGCAAGUUUCUAGGUAGUUGAGUUGUAGUGCGUGGUUUAGCACUUCAACCCAAGUGUGAAGUGUUUUUCCUCUCUCGCCAAUACCUGGUUCUCUGUGAAUUUUGUUGAAAAUGUCCAUCAUGGCAUGAUUCUUGGGGGAUAAUUUACAUGCUUAGAAAAAGACAGUGGUGAGUAGUGUGGCGACUCUACGGCUCUUGGUUGUACCAUAUUAGGAGUAAAUUGAGGAAAAAAUGUACUUCACAAUUUUUUAAUGGUAAUUGGAAAAUUCUCUGAA